AUGGGUCAAGAUGCCCCGAAAAGGCCUCGCAAGCAAGCUGGUGCCAGCAACCACACGGAAAGGUUGCUUCAGAGUAAUCCGUUCUCGGCACUUCCCGAAGAAGCAGAUGUAGAUCUAGUUGAGAAACGGGAAAAAGUGCCCCCACUCUUCACCUCGACGAAGGAACUCGCGUUGCCCAGGAAUGAGCUGGCUAAAAAUCAAAUCCAUCCGCUGUUCAAGCUGUGCAGCACGGGGAUCACAAUCUUGUGCUCGACGCUGGUGGACUACAACGCUGUUGGCACUAUUCUUCAGCUGAACCGGUUUGAGUUCUACACUCACGACGUUCCUGGAAGAAAACCACUGAAAAUGGUGAUCCGUGUUCCCAUUGCGAGACGUGAUGAAACCAGUGCAUUCCGGGACCAGUUGUACCUGGUGCCCUUCGAUAAAGACUCCACCAGUGUGGCAGUUCUGCGGCAGAUUCGCGCACUGUUCAACAUCGUGAUUCAGUGGGAGCAGUAUCGCCCUCGGCACCGUGACGUGACACAGUGCACUAAUUGUCUGGCAUUUGGGCACGGUACGAAUAAUUGUCACAUGAAGGCUCGUUGUUGCAAAUGUGCUGGGGCUCACAAUACUACCGCCUGCAAGAAGGAAGAAGAAGCUGAACCUAAGUGCGUGAACUGUCAUUCCAACCAUCUGGACAGCGAUAGGAGAUGUCCCAAGCGAGUAGCCUUCAUCCAAAUCCGACAACAGGCUUCCACGAGGAACCAACCUGGUCGCCACCGCAAUAAUCGUGCUCCUCUUGUCAACAAGGACACGUUUCCUGUACUUCCGGCUCGUCGUAUGGUCCCGAACCUAGCACCGCUUCCACUAAACCAGCGCCCCUCCCCUCCCACUCGUUGCAAAUCCAACAACAGAUCAAGCGGGCCCCAGCCACCGUUCUGUUCAGCAUCGCCUCACUGA